AUGGCCGCAGAAACAGCGCGUCUAGAGGAUGUAACAAGCUGCGCUGCAGACUCUACUGAGAUGGAGGAAUGCCUGAAAGGGGAGGCCAUGACGGUCGAUGUGGAGGCUCCGUUACCUGCUGGACAGGAGGAGGCGGCGAUCCGCUGCAGAGAUGUUUGCCGAUCUUAUGGCAAACUCAAGGUCCUCACCAAUCUCAACCUGACAGUGCCACAAGGGCAGAUAUAUGGUUUGCUAGGCCCGAGUGGAUGUGGGAAGACUACGCUGCUGAAAUGCAUUGUGGGUACUCUAAAAAUAUCCCGAGGUCAAAUUAUUGUGUUGGGAAAGCCACCUGCGUUUCCUGGCCAUGAAGUACCUGGGAGAAUGGUUGGCUACAUGCCUCAGGAGCUGGCGUUGUACAAUGAGUUCACAAUUAGCGACACUCUCACCUUCUUCGGACGCCUCCACGGUCUGACCCGCAAACAAACACAGGACCGCAUCAACUUCCUCAUUGACUUCCUCGAUCUCCCACAGAAAACGCGCCUUGUUCGAAAUCUCAGUGGUGGUCAAAAGCGGCGAGUUUCUCUGGGAGCGGCCCUGCUUCAAAACCCUGAGCUGCUCAUACUGGACGAGCCCACAGUCGGAGUCGACCCGGUCCUCAGGACCAAGAUUUGGCAGCAUCUGGUGGAUAUUGUAAAGACUGCAAAGGUCUCUGUCAUUAUCACCACUCACUACAUCGAGGAGGCCAGACAAGCCAAUGUGGUUGGUCUGAUGAGAAAUGGUCGUCUAUUGGCAGAAGGUCCCCCAGAUCACGUCAUGAAAAUGCAUGGCACUGCAACUUUGGAGUGUACGUUUUUGAAGCUAUGCCAGUCUUCAGACCAGAGUAACUCCAAGGAGAGCCCCAGUCCACAGGACGGAGUGUUGGAGAAGAGUCAGUCAUUUGAGAGCAAUCGUGAUGAGAGUCGACCAAUUCUCGGUGUGAAUCCACCUCCAGACGAUUUACCCACGUUUACAGCGGACUGGAAGUUGCGUGCCAGGAACGUGUUUCCAAAGUGCAGAAACAUUGCUGCCUUGACAAUCAAAACACUGGUGCGAUUUAAGAGGACUCCAGGGUCCCUGUGUUUCCAGUUUCUGUUGCCUGUUAUCCAGAUCACUUUGAUUUGUUUGUGCAUUGGAGGAGAUCCUCAGGGCAUCCAGGUGGCAGUGGUCAAUAAUGAAACAUCCUCCUUCUCCUACAGCCAUUCACUGCUCUCCGCUAUCGACAACUCCAGCAUCCAUCAGGUGCAUCUAUCACAUUCAGACGCUUUUAAUGGAAUUAGAAAUGGAGAAUACUGGGGAGUCAUUGGCUUUGGCAAGAAUUUUACCAGCUAUCUGACAAAAAGAGCGUUGCAGCGUCAUGUCUCCAGAGAAGUGGUCGACGGUGGAUCUAUGCACGUCUGGCUGGACUACACCAAUCGCCAAAUCGCUCUGAUGCUUCAAAAGAAAUUACAUGAUGCUUUUCAGAAUUUCACUGAAAGCAAGCUGGGAACUAUGUCUUAUCAAGUGGCCAUUCCUGUGAAGUUUGAAGAGCCAAUUUACGGGAGUCAAAACACUGAUUUCACCACUUAUGUGACUCCUGGUGCAGUUCUCAGUAUCACUUUCUAUCUCGCUGUUGGUUUGACUGCUUUGUCCUUUGUCCUGGAGAGAAAGGAAGGCCUGUUGGACAGGUGCUGGGUCGCAGGAGUGAGUUCUUUGGAGACGAUGCUAGCUCACCUCUGCUCCCAACUCUUUGUCAUCAGCAUCCAAAUCUUCAUGCUGCUCAUCUUUGUGAUGCAUGUUUUCAAGAUGCCAAAUGAAGGCUCCUUGGUCCUCAUCAUCAUCCUGAUCGUACUGCAGGGAGUGACCGGCAUCUCCUUUGGUCUCGUAAUCUCCUCUGCCCUCGAUGACGAGCAGAGUGCUAACCAGGCCGCUCUGGGUAUCUUCUACCCCAACCUCAUGAUCAGUGGUAUUAUUUGGCCUGUUGAGUGUAUUCCGUAUCCUCUCCGAUACGUCAGCAUGGCCCUACCUCAAACCUUUGCUGCUGAGUCUCUUCGCUGUAUCAUGUACAGAGGCUGGGGUCUGAGCCAAAUGUUGGUGUGGCGAGGAUUUGCGGUCACACUUGGCUGGAACACCUUCUUCCUAAUUUUAGCGACUGUCAUUCUGAAGUUAAGGACUUGA